UAAAAGACGGUGUCUUCUUCAAGGCAGACUUUAGUCUGGCCCAGCCAGCGACUGGACAUGACGCCGUCAAAGAGUUGCAGUGAAUGUCUGUGUUUUCGACUGUUUCAUCAAUCGACUGAAUGGAAACGCCGAUGAACCUCUUCGGCUUUCUCAUUUUCAACGACAAAGGACCAAGUGGCCUGCUUAUCUUAUUUUCCGAUGGAGAGGAGGCGCUGAGUUAGAACGGCCAGACUGCACGAAAAAGUUCAGCAGGAACGAGACCGCAGUCGUGUUAAAAAUGAAGAACUUGAUUAACAAUAGCAGUCGUCGAUGGAUUUGCCUUUUGAAAGUGAAUCCUCGUAGAAUCGGCAACUCUUUUUUCAACCCCGAUCUAUGCCCGUCUGCGCCGAACGACGGCCCAUCGAUAGACGUCAGUAGGAGGUAAAGAAAAAACCACAACAAACCGAACAUGGAGAUGGAUUUUACUGAUGGAGGGCAAUGGCCAUUGGAAGAAGGCGAUUUAACGGACGAUUCGUUUGCAAAUGGAUCGUCCGGCAUCGUGCCACAAUUACUGAUGCCCGUCUGGGCGUAUCAAUCGGCGGCCGUCUAUCUCAUCUUCAUCAGCAUCAUGGGUUUGAUAACCAACGCCAUCGUCGUCGUUGUCAUUCUUAAUGAUCGACAGAAAAUGACCCCCCUCAACUGGAUGCUGCUCAAUUUGGCUUGCUCCGAUGGAACUAUCGCAGGAUUUGGAACAACCGUAUCGACAGCCGCUGCUUUACAAUUUGGAUGGCCCUUCGGGCAUGAAUUCUGCGUCGCCUACGCAAUGAUUAUGUCCACAGCAGGAAUCGGAUCGAUAACAACUUUAACAGCUUUGGCCUUGUGGCGAUGUCAGUUGGUUGUCUACUGUCCGGCAAAACGGGGCAGCGGCUUUGCUAACAACAACAACAACAACAACGGAGCACAACUGGGACAUUGCCGGGCCGCCCUUUUACUGGCCAUUAUAUGGACGUAUUCUUUAGCUGUGACUUGCCCGCCUCUUUUCGGAUGGGGACGGUACGACAGAGAAGCUGCUCACAUCAGCUGCUCGGUGAAUUGGGAGUCUAAAAUGGACAACAAUAGAUCGUACAUCUUCUACAUGUUUGCCCUUGGAUUAUUCGUUCCUUUGAUCGUUAUCGUCGCUUCUUACGUCAGCAUCUUACGCGUCGUCAAAAAGACGGGCAAGUUUAGGAACACUGCGUUGGCUACGCUGAAGCAGACACAACAAAACGACCAGCAAAUAACAGCUGACUUGCAAGAAGUGAAGCAGCAAUUGAAUGACAACAACAAUCAACGAAACAAAAGUACCAAGAGCAGCAAUAGCAAUGCGGCUGAAAAACGAGUCACCGUCAUGGUGGCCUGUAUGAUCGGCGCAUUUAUGACGGCCUGGACGCCCUAUUCCAUUUUGGCUCUUUUCGAAACGUUCAUUGGCGGCCCUAGUAACUCGUACAACAACGUGUCUUCAUUUCAAGACGAUGGCAAUGAAAACGUUGUUUACUUUGUCAGUGGAAUUUCACCUGGAUUCGCCACCAUUCCAUCGCUUUUUGCUAAAACGUCAGCUGUCCUCAACCCAUUGAUUUACGGACUACUCAACACGCAGUUUCGUUCUGCCUGGGAGAAAUUUUCAUUUCGAUUUCUAAGUAGACGUCGACGUCGCCGUGAGUAUAGUCAGGAAAUGAUGGGCGUGUCGAUGAAUGCAACCAGUCGGCGUCUACGACAAUUGUUGGAUUUCAGUUACACAAUGAGACCUUCAUUAACUGUCAACUUGCCCAUGGCAGAAAUCGUUCCCAUCCUCAACAACGAAUCGCAUCCAGAACCGCAAUACAGAUCGACUUCUUUCAGGAUCGUAGGUACUCAACCCACUACCCAGAUUCUACCACAACGUCAAUCGGCCAUUAAACAAGAUCGUAGAACGGAAACUCGGUCAAGAAGCAAUUCUUUGGACGAUCGGCCAGUCACGAACGAAUCAUCCAAAUGUAUCGCACGGAAUCCUAUACAACACGAGCAGCCUGUCAAGUUGGUGGUCGUUCGUUUGCUGUCUGAUUCGACGAGCUGUUGCUACACGACGGAUGAAACAUCCCUUGAUGCCAGCAGUUGCCCUGCCGGACAUUCUCCAUACAAAAAUCGAUUCAACAAAAGCAAAAACAAUCAGCCCCAGCAAGUAUAAGAUCAGUUAAAGCCCAACUCGACUUUGUCGGUAUGUUGUAAUUUGGGACAAAUUCCUGAUGGGAGGGGUGAGAGGGUUAAUUUUGUUUGUAAUGCAUUUAUCCUGUUGAUAUGACGAAAUAGUUCACAUUUCUCUUCCUUUGUUCUUCUAGGACGAAAUCAUCUAAGCUGAGACGUUGUAAUUAGCCAGGAACAGGAAUGUAAUUUUCAACAACAAAUUAUUCAUUAAUAACCAUAGUGUGUUCAUUUCCAUCGUUUCUGUAUUCUCUUUACACAUAUCUAUUUCGAAAAACUGGAGCAAAGUAAUUAUCGAUCGUUUCGACAACGAUUUAACUUGAUUGAGAAGCCUUGGACAAGAAAAUGGGCGAACCUCUUUCUUGACUUGGAAUUGAUAUUUGUUUAAAAAAGUGAUUUCUGUUCAUUGAUCUCUAACACGAAUGUGUAAUAAUUAUGACGUACUGAUACAUGCUCUAGGAAAUACGACGACACAGGGUCCGUACUCAUUUCGUGAUCUCUAUUACCCGAUAGUUUUUACGGGACGAAUGUAAUUACAUCAUACAAUGCACAUUGAUUGCUGCCCUACGUGUAAUGUACGAAAAUGACAUCAUCAAUACAUUCCAUCCAAUAAACAAA